CUUGAUACCUGCCAUCACCUCGCAACAUGGGCAAAGUCAAAAUCGACGACGUACCUGUGCCUACGACGCCUCCUCGCCGGAGCACGACCUUGCUCCUCGACGCCACCGACGCGACGCCGUCAUUCCGAAUCGGCGACACAGACAAGUCUUACAAGCACCAAUACUCCAACAUUUAUUUUACUCGACUAAGCGAACUGCGAAAACCUGUGGAGGAGAGGGCGCUGCGACGAUGGGCAAGUGUCAAGGGAAAUCCCCGCCUCGUCCGACGCGUGCUAGAGGUUGUCAAAUCGCAACUGUGCUACAUUAUCGGCACGGUGUACAUGGACAUGCCACUUAAACCGAACGUCUUGGAAGACAUUGCCCGGGAUCACACCAUACCGCCGCCUCCGCCUCCGCCUAAGUACUACUCGGAUGAAGACAGCAUCCUGCUCGAGGACGAGUCUGGGCGGUUACAGCUCGUCGGAGAGCGCGUCAAAGCGGCGGGGCUGGUGACUGGUGUUGUUUUAGCUGCGCUCGGGGACGAGGAUGAGGAUAGGAUGGAGUUGGACGGUGCUGAUGAAUGGAUAGCGAUGCUUGUAGAGUAUCUCACGGGAGAAGAGGGCGGUGCUGAAGACCAGGGAUCCUGCAGCUCGUAUAUCUCGACUUGUGAUUGCAGGGAAACUCUCUUGGCACCUGUGAUUAUUCCUGUCAAAGGGGAGCCUACUGCCGAAGGGGAUGAGAAGAAAUCGGCAAGUCGGGGCAAGUACAAUUACGAUACGACGACGUUUUCUCCUCAUCCGACACAAACGCUUGCUGGACAUUUGUACGAUAUCGGACGGGUAAUGCCUAUCCAUGUGCUACCGGGUGAAGCAGAUCCCUCGGGAACGAUUCUACCUCAGCAGCCGUUUCCACGGGCUAUGCUAGGACCGGUGGCGUCGUUAUCAUCAUUCAAGUGCGAGACGAAUCCAACGUAUCUACGUAUUGGGAGUGGCAAGGGGGUGACACGAACGAUGCUGGUGAAUUCGGGACAACCGUUGAACGACAUGUUCAAGUACCUGGAUUGCCCACCGAGUACACGGUUAUCUAUUCUAGCGUCGACACUGAACUGGAGACACAUGGCGCCUACAGCUCCCGAUACGCUGUGGUGUCAUCCGUACUUUGGGGUAGAUCCGUUUAUUAUGAGAGAAACGCCGGAUUUGUAUAUUGUAGGGGGACAGAAAAAGUUUGGGACAAAGGUAGUGAGAGAGGAUGGAAGACGGUGUCGGUUGGUGCUUGUUCCCGAGUUUGUGAAGACGGGAACGGUGGUGCUGGUAAAUGUACAGAGUCUGGAAGUGAAGACGCAAAGGCCGUCUCUGGUGAGCAUAUUCUCUAGGGCUGCAGCGGGCCCGUUCCCGAGACCAGGACUUGCGCUCUACCAGAAUAUCUGGGACGAUCCUGCCUCCCAGUUCUGUGGCAAUGGCAAGGAUGACAGUCUGGUCGUCGUCGAGCUCCUUGACGACACUACGUACCAUCUUGCGGCCUGCAAUGUCGACGACGGCGUAACCUGCACCAAGGGGCUGAAGAGACUUGAUGCUUCGGAUGACGUCGUCUUCAUCGAUGGCGCCGCCUGCGAGACCCCUGAGCUUUGUGACGAGCCUGAUGAGCUCUGCCAUGUCGAUGAGGCCGCCGUUACGGUCGCGGGUUGUGACGCAGACAGUCGACGAUCUGGAACGCCUAGCUCGUGCUGCCAAUCUGCCAUGCCUAGCAUCUCUGCCCACCAUCCGCCCUUUCGUGGACCUGCAAGAGGGUCGACGCCAAUAGAAGAGCACAUUUGCUGGAAUGCAUGGCGAAAGGCGGGAUCCCGACGGAUGGAGUCGCGGUGAGUGGCGGCGAAGCGGGCGAGGGCGGUGCGAAAGUGGGUGAGCUGAGCGUGGAGGUGAUCUACCUGUGACUGUGAAAGGGACGUGGGAAAGAGCAACGAAAGAGCGUUGGUUCUGUUGUUGACGUUGAAGCGCGGCGAUUCCUCCUCCUCGACGAUGCAUGUCAUGUCAAGGCAGUGACGUCACUCUCUCCUUUUGACAUAAAAGUUACACGCCAAGUUUA